UUUCAGCUCCCCUUCGAGGCUGAGCGAUUGCGGCUAAAACUGGUGUCUUUCCUGGUGUUGGUGCACUCAUCUUCUCUCUCAUCGAAAUAUCGUCGAGAAUACAUCAAUCCCCCUACAACUAUUCAGUUCUUCUAUUCUACAUCACGCGUCCAUACCCAAUCAGGGCUUAUGUUGGCAGACUAGAUCGCGAAGAUGUCCACCCCCCAACUCGAGGAUUUCCAAAUCGGUUGGAUAUGCGCCUUACCGAUCGAGGCUGCCGCAGCUAAAGAGAUGCUGGAUGAAAGUUUCGGUCUGCUUGGCAUGCAAGAUCCAUCAGACCCAAAUAUCUACACGCUGGGCCGAAUUGGGCAACACAACGUUGUGAUCGCCUGCCUCCCUGCGGGGCAAUAUGGGACCAUCUCAGCUGCCACGGUCGCAAACAACAUGACCCGCACAUUCUCGAAAUCACUUCGCAUCGGCUUAAUUGUCGGGGUUGGUGGCGGGAUUCCGUCGGCUACUCAUGAUAUACGACUGGGUGAUGUUGUCAUCAGUUGCCCGGAAGGCACUUCUGGGGGGGUUAUACAGUAUGAUAUGGGUAGAAUCGGUGCAGAUGGAGAAUUUCAUCGAGUCGGGUCAUUGAAUAGUCCCCCGAGGACUCUGUUAAUGGCUGUGAACGCAAUGAAAGCUGCUGAGCUUACGGAUGAACCUCGCUUUCCAGAAUACAUUCACCGCGCGACUGGAAGAACGGCACGAACCCGGCAAAGCUUCGGUAGACCGAAUACACAGCAAGAUCGACUAUUCCACUCAAAAUACGAACAUCCAGCAACUGAAGACAGUUGUGAUAGGUGCCCAGCGGAGUGGGAAGAGACAAGGACGGAACGGGAAAGCAGUAACCCACAAUUACACUACGGAACUAUUGCGUCUGGCAAUGUCGUUAUGAAACAUGGAACGACUCGGGAGAAGCUAAGACUUGAUACUGGCGCACUAUGUUUUGAGAUGGAGGCUGCUGGAUUAAUGAUGGACUUCCCCUGUCUCGUCAUUCGUGGAAUCUGUGACUACGCCGAUUCGCACAAGAACGAACAAUGGCAAGGAUAUGCAGCAUUGGCCGCAGCAUCAUAUACGAAGGAGCUCCUGGGCUAUAUACCGGUCGGCCAGGUUUCCCGAGAGAGCUUGGUUGUGGAUGUAUGUAGUAAGUAAACCGAUUGCUCCAUAUAUCUAAAGAGAGUGACUUAAAGACCGUAGGCGGGUUGAGAGAAGAAAUCAAAGGCACCAACCAACGUUUGGAAAAGAUCUACAAGCAACAAGAAAUUCAAAACCAA